AUGAAGCACAUAGGCUCGGCGCUCUGGCCGAAGCUGCGAGUGCUGCAGCUCUACGGCUCCAACACGAAUGUCGGCAAGACGAUCUUCGCAAACGUCCUGUGCAAAGCUUUUGGGAGAGAACUUGCAAAGGUUCAUUACUUGAAGCCGGUGUCUACCGGGCCAUUGAACGAAGCGGAUGAUCGCCAUAUACAUUUGUACAACCCGGAUGUCCAGUCGAGAUGCUUGUAUCAAUUCGAUGAGCCGGUCAGUCCUCAUAUAGCUGCUCGCGGCUCGAAACAAGCCAUCUCCGAUUCUUCAAUCCAAGCUGCGAUACACAAGGAACUUCAAGCCUACGCAAAUGCCGGAAAGGACGCCAUUGCUCUCGUUGAGACUGCGGGCGGUGUCCUUUCCCCUGCACCCUCCGGUAGCUCCCAGGCAGAUCUCUAUCGCCCACUUCGACUGCCCGUGUUACUACUUGGGGACCACCAACUCGGAGGGAUCAGCGGGACCAUCUCGGCAUGGGAAUCUCUGCACAUCCGAGGUUACGACGUGCAGUCUGUGGCGUUGUUUGAAGGAGAGCGGUUCGAGAAUCACUCAUAUCUGAAGGAGUACUUCGCGGAGCGCAAUGUGCACACCUUUGCGAUUCAUCCGCCGCCCGAGCGAAAAGCCAACGAAGAGGACGAUGUACGCUCGAUGCGCUCGUAUUACGAGGAGAUCAGCCGGAACAGCGACGUUACAGGCUUCACGCAGAGCUUCUUGCAAAGUCAUGAUCAGCGCAUACGCGAUCUCAGAGACAUGCCCGAGCAAGCGGACGAGGCUAUCUGGCAUCCCUUUAUGCAGCAUCGAGAACGCUCUAAAAACACCAUCGUGGCUAUGGAUUCAGCGUACGGCGAUUUCUUCCAGACGUACUCCAAGCAGCAAGAACUGCAGCAAAAGGGAGAUGGUGCUUCGCAACCCCCCAUAUUACGCCCAGCAUUCGAUGGCUCAGCAUCUUGGUGGACUCAAGGCUUGGGACACGGCAAUCCGCAAUUGGCUCUUGCAGCCGCCCAUGCUGCAGGCCGGUAUGGACAUGUCAUGUUCGCAGGCGCCAUCCAUCAGCCAGCCCUCAGUCUAGCGCAAACCCUCAUAAGAGGACUAGGCAAUCCGCGACUUAAAAAAGUUUUCUACACCGACAAUGGUAGCACGGGAAUCGAGGUUGCGAUCAAGAUGGCGCUGCGAGCGAGUUCUUUGCGAAAGCAGUGGUCCAGUGACGACGACAUUCUCAUCCUUGGCUUCACGAACAGCUAUCACGGGGACACGAUUGGUACUAUGGAUUGCUCCGAGCCGAGUGUGUUCAACACCAAAGUCGAAUGGUAUCGAGGGCGCGGUCACUGGUUCGACUUUCCGCGAGUCAAAUUGGUGGAGGGUCGUUGGCUCGUUGACGUCCCGCCCGAGCUGAGUGCAGAACUCGGAGAAGCGCGACACCUCGAUAGCCUUGAGCAGGUGUUUGACUACAACCACCGCGAGGCCGACCGGAAGCUCUACACGGACUACUUCAACAAGCAGAUCUCUGCAUUGCAGAACCAGGGCAAGAAGUUUGGCGCAUUAAUACUCGAGCCGGUGCUGCUUGGUGCAGGAGGGAUGCUCUUCGCAGAUCCCCUCUUUCAAACCUGUCUGGUCGACGCUGUUCGUCAAAACACAGGAAGCCAUAGCGGACAAGCCCGCGAUGAUCAUGAUUGGCAGGGCAUGCCCGUCAUCUUCGACGAAGUGUUCACGGGAAUCUACCGUUUGGGGAGGUUCAGCGCCGCCAGCUUCCUCGGCGUACAGCCCGACAUCGUCGUAAACGCCAAACUGUUGACAGGAGGUCUGAUACCACUCGCAACCACCACUGCCAGUCAAGCGAUCUUCGACGCCUUCCUGAGCGACGAGAAGAGCGAUGCACUUUUACAUGGCCACAGCUAUACGGCGCAUGCAGUAGGCUGUGGAGUUGCGAAUGAGAGUUUGAGCACCAUGAAGCAGCUCGAGAGCAGUGGAUCAUGGAACAGCUUCCGGUCUGAUUGGCAACCACAGGCGAGUAUUGGUGCAGCCGGCGAGGAUGGAGUCUGGAGCAUGUGGACCAACGCCUUCGUCACAUCCGUCUCGCAGCACCCACUCGUCGACCACGUCUUUGCGCUUGGAUCGGUGCUGGCCAUCUCGCUGAAAGACCCCAAGGGCUCCGGCUACUCUUCCACGGCUGCUGUUUCGUUGCGUGACCGGCUGUUCGCCGAGAUGGGUGGUGAAGAUUGGGUCAUUCAUUCGCGCGUGCUGGGCAACGUGCUCUACUUGAUGGCAGCGGUGACUACGAGUCCUGAGACGAUACGGGGUGUGCAGGAGAAGGUAUUGGGGAAUUUGCGAUAG